AUGGGCAUCCCAGUCCUCAAGCCAGAGUCGCUGACUGUGUGUGUAUAGUCUCUUGUCCAUUAGUCAUGUCUUACUACACUGCCUAGCCUGAUGUCACACAACCAGCACUACUUUUGUAAAAUAAUAUUUGUAUUAUUAUAUACACUACCGUUCAAAAGUUUGGGGUCACUUAGAAAUGUCAUUGUUUUCCAUGAAAACAUACAUUAAAUGAGUUUGAAUAGGAAAUAUAGCAAAAUGAAUAGGAAAUGUAGUCAUUGACAAGGUUAGAAAUAAUGAUUUUUUAUUGAAAUAAUAAUUGUGUCCUUCAAACUUUGCUUUCGUCAAAGAAUCCUCCAUUUGCAGCAAUUACAGCCUUGCAGACCUUUGGCAUUUUAGUUGUCAAUUUGUUGAGGUAAUCUGAAGAGAUUUCACCCCAUGCUUCCUGAAGCACCUCCCACAAUUUGGAUUAGCUUGGUGGACACUUCUUACGUACCAUGCAGUCAAGCUGCUCCCACAACAGCUGAAUAGGGUUGAGAUCCGGUGACUGUGCUGGCCACUCCAUUAUAGACAGAAUACCAGCUGACUGCUUCUUCCCUAAAUAGUUCUUGCAUAGUUUGUAGCUGUGCUUUGGGUCAUUGUCCUGCUUUGGGUCAUUUUCCUGUUGGCUCCAAUCAAGCGCCGUCCACAGGGUAUGGCAUGGCGUUGCAAAAUGGAGUGAUAGCCUUCCUUCUUCAAGAUCCCUUUUACCCUGUACAAAUCUCCCACUUUACCACCACCAAAGCACCCCCAGACCAUCACAUUGCCUCCACCAUGCUUGACAGAUGGCGUCAAACAUUCCUCCAGCAUCUUUUCAUUUGGUCUACGUCUCAUAAAUGUUCUUCUUUGUGAUCCGAACACCUCAAACUUCGAUUUGUCUGUCAUAACACUUUUUUCCAAUCUUCCUCUGUCCAGUGUCUGUGUUCUUUUGCCCAUCUUAAUCUUUUAUUUUUAUUGGCCAGUCUGAGAUAUGGCUUUUUCUUUGCAACUCUGCCUAGAAGGUCAGCAUCCCGGAGUCACCUCUUCACUGUUGACGUUGAGACUGGUGUUUUAUGGGUACUAUUUAAUGAAGCUGCCAGUUGAGGACCUGUGAGGCGUCUGUUUCUCAAACUAGACACUCUAAUGUAUUUGUCCUCUUGCUCAGUUGUGCACCGGGGCCUCCCACUCCUCUUUCUAUUCUGGUUAGAACCAGUUUGCGCUGUUCUGUGAAGGGAGUAGUACACAGCGUUGUACGAGAUCUUCAGUUUCUUGGCAAUUCGUCGCAUGGAAUAGCCUUCAUUUCUCAGAAAAAGAAUAGACUGACGAGUUUCAGAAGAAAGUUAUUUGUUUCUGGCCAUUUUGCGCCUGUAAUCGAACCCACAAUUGCUGAUGCUCCAGAUACUCAACUAGUCUCAAGAAGGCCAGUUUUAUUGCUUCUUUAAUCAGCACAACAGUUUUCAGCUGUGCUAACAUAAUUGCAAAAGGGUUUUCUAAUGAUCAAUUAGCCUUUUAAAAUGAUAAACUUGGUUUAGCAAACACAACGUGCCAUUGGAACACAGGACUGAUGGUUACUGAUAAUGGGCCUCUGUACGCCUAUGUAGAUAUUCCAUAAAAAAUCAGCAGUUUCCUGCUACAAUAGCCAUUUACAACAUUAACAAUGUCUACACUGUAUUUCUGAUCAAUUUGAUGUUAUUUUAAUUUACAAAAAAAUUGCUUUUCUUUCCAAAACAAGGACAUUUCUAAGUGACCCCAAACUUUUGAACGGUAGUGUAUAUAUUUUUUUAUUCUAAUUUUUCAAGGGGUGCUGCAGCACACUCAGCACCCCUACUUCCCGCGGCUAUGCACACAAUGUAAACUUAGAGUCACACUGUAUAUAUACAUAAUAUGACAUUUGAAAUGUCUUUAUUCUGUUGAAACUUCUGAGUGUAAUGUUUACUGUUAAUAUUUAUUGUUUAUUUCACUUUUGUUUACUAUCUACUUCACUUGCUUUGGCAAUGUUAACACACGUUUCCCAUGCCAAUAAAGCCCUUAAAUUGAAUUGAAUUGAAUUGAAUUGAAUUGAAUUGAAUUGAAAUUGAAUUGAUGCAGAAUCAUUUUUGACAUGAUUUUGCUGCCUCCCACAGGAAAGAAAAUUAAGUUGGCUACAUUGUGUUCACUUAUAACCUAAAUCACUUUAUUUGGCUCACACACCAAAUUAAUGUUUCCCCUAGGAUAAAAUUGAGAAUUUAAAGGGGCAUUUCUGUUGAUAUUGUUUUGCCAACUGACACAGAAUUUAAUGAUGAUUUAUUUAUCAUUAUAAAACAUAUUGUUCUUGGAUUGACAAAAUCUGUUGUUUAAUGCUUUCAGCACUCAUUUUACAACUGUAUUAAGACAACUAACUGUCUACAUCCUCAAAUCAUUUUUACCAAAUCAACUUUGCCAUUUUUCAAUCAUUUAAAUGCUGUUGUCGAUAAUAGCUCAUUGCAGUCAGUCUUUCAUUUGGCUUUCUCUAUCUAUUCAAUCAGAAUACUUCAAAGACCUGUGAAUGAGAGACUGGCUGCCCUUCCAAUGCCCCUCUGUCUGCCCACACCUAGACCCCCAACCAGUGCUCUCUCUCUCUCUCUCUCUCUCUCUCUCUCUCUCUCUCUCUCUCUCUCUCUCUCUCUCUCUCUCUCUCUCUCUCUCUCUCUCUCUCUCUCUCUCUCUCUCGCUCUCUCUCUCUCUCUCUUCCUGUCGCUCUGCCUCUCACUUCUCUGAAGCGGGGAUGUGCGCGCUAGAACAGGAAAUGAAUGAAGACAGAAGAGGCAGGCAAGCUGAGAACGGCACACACGCAAAGAGCACUCUCCCUCACACACAAACAUUAUCUCUCUCACACACACACUGCCCUGAGCUCCUCCAACUAGAGCUGGAACCUUUCAGCCCCAGGUGAAAAUACAGAAAGUGGAGGAGGGGAGUGGGGGCCGGCCAGAGGAAGAAGAAGGAGAGGGCAAGGGGGGAUCAGUGAGAAGAAAAGAGUGAAAGAGAGAACAGAGCAACCUGUUAGUGAGAUCUGGGACUCUGCUGAAGAAACCGUGGGAGCUGGGAACACAGGCUAUAGGAUGGUUCUGCUGUCCUCUUGCUCCAGGUACAUUUUCUGCAAAAACCUUUUAAUAGACAACUUAUUUAUGUGGUGAUUGUUGUACCUUAUCAAACCUUGUUACUCAAAAGUGUAUGCUGUAUUUUUUUUUUAGCUAUGGCAAGGGGUGGACAGAUGCCUUCCCACAGAAAUGUUGUUUGAAGGUUCUGUAGGGAAGUGGGACAUUUCAAGGGCGAGGGCUCUUAUUAGAAUGUUUGAAAACGUUAGAUGUACAGUGUGUGACUGUUGUUUGGCUGUUGUUGUCUGUGUUUGACCAAUCACAUGCUUAGUGAAAGGGUAAAAGUUCACCAUGGCUAUUGUGAUUCUGUCACAUGCGAAUCACUCAGGAAAAUUACGGUUGUGUCACAUGUUAAUCUCUGAGAAUGAUCUUGUGGUGUUGGGUCAACACCCCAGUGGUAAUGAUUCAUAUCCAUACAUAAAUAUUCACUUUCAGGUUACAUUUUCCGUUGCUUCCUGUGGCUAAUCUCAGCCUUUGAUUUUACGACAGCCAUACAUUCAGAGAUAGUAUGGGUGUCCCUUUAUAUUCCUCUCUUUCUCUGCUUUGUGUGUUAUGAGUGUGUUGUUGAGUGUGUUGUUGAGUGUGUUGUUGGGUAUGUUUACAGGACAGGAACAUAUAGAGUGUAUGUGUCCCUGUAGCGCUCAAACUACAUUCCUGCCCCUGCCUGGUUGGGGUGGGUGUGGAGGGAAAGAGGGGAGUGCCGCGGGAUCUUAAUUUGUAUCCCUCUUUUGUUGCUGAGAGUUUUCCUGCACCGCAGGAAAUGCAGAUGAGCUUUACAUACAUUCAUUGAAAACACACACUCUUACACAAGGUUGUUUUAACAGUAUUGCACUUUUCAUGUAGCCUACUUUUGGCCAGCUAAUAGCAUAACCACAGAUCAAGCAACAUUAUGGACUAAACGUUCAAAUCGUGUUGCUGCAGGAUUCAUUUGCUGUGACAAUAUAGGUCAAAUAAAGAUCCUACAUAUGUACAGGGCACAUUCCAGCAGGUCCACCCUCUCUCCUACUGAGACACUUCUCUGUCUCGCAAAUACACACACCAACACCACCACCUUGUUCAGGUGUUUCGGUGAAUUUUAGAAUGGCAGAAAUGAACUAUUGGUUCAAAUUGGUUAUGUGACUACAUUGUGGUUGCAUUAACCACCAUCACUGCUUUUCUCCUGAAUCCUUAACGCUCUAAGAUUAUGUGCCAUUGUUCUGCCUUGAGCUCAGCAUAGCCUGAUUGAAAGGUUAAGAAAAUUAGAGAACAGAGAGCAGUGCUAAAUUUGGAACGAAGUUUAGUGUCAAGGCCUGAGAGUGUGGAGCGCCACAGUUCAGAGGUGUCCCACAUUUGCAGGGGUAAACUAAGCAGCACAGCCUGACUCUUUUCCAUCCUGGACAUCCUGCCAGGAACUAGAGACACUGAGCGAGGUCAAAGGGAGCCCAACUAGAGGAAAAAGAGAGGUUUCCGUAUUUAAACACAGGCUGAAUGGGAUCUGCCUCCUCCAAUUGUUCUCCCUUUUCACCAGCCCUUUUGAGUUGGAGGGUGUUCCUCACCAGCACAGAUACCAACCCAGCAAACAGAGGAUGUUCGUUGAGUGUUAGAUAUUUGUUAUUUCAUGUUCUUGUAAGGUUUUGAGCCAAUGUUAAGACAUUAACACUACAACAGGCACUUUCUGAACACAAAAAGUCUACAAUCAAACAUGAUAAAGUUGUGAAAACAUUAUGCAUUGCAAGUAAUAAAUGCAUGUGUGUGAUGUCCAUUGAAACGGUACAGUGAAAGGCAAGAACAAUGUACAAGAUCUGUUCUGAAAACAUUUUGGGAACGUUUUGAUACCCCCAAAAAGUUGUUUGCCUGGAUUGGCACUCUUUUCUGACUUGCACUGACAUGAUGAAUCACUGCCUUGAGCAUAUCUAUCAUUCUUCUCCCUUUCUCUCUUUCCCAGAGGGAGGGAGUCACUGAAAUGUUCUCAAGUCGUCAAACAGGUUAUUUUGAUCUACAAAAAGCGCCCUGGUUCAAGCCUAUGAAACUCAACAUUUUCACAAAGCCUAUUUGUUAUGUCAUGUUACGAAAUAUUGAUAUAUGAGCAGGGAGCUUGGCACUGUGAGUUUGUGUGGCUUUAUCUCUGGAGCCGGGCUAGGCGCUCCCUUCUUGGGUUUCUGUUCCUUUGGUAAACCACAGGAUUGCCAUUCCGGUGGGCCAGCUCCCUCCCUCUGUUCAGUGUGGAACCGGUGGCUGGGCUGUUCCGCUCUCACCGUCUCCUCCCUCUGCUCUCUCAGGCUGUGGUGGUUCUGCCCUCUGCAGAGGACCCACUCUGCUAUUCAGCCAUGCUGGAGCAGGUUGUCAGAGAUAUAGGGAGGUUGGCUCGGCUGCUACAGAAGUAGUAGAUCUGACUCUGAACAGAUAUUCCACAAAACCUCCCCAAGGCCUAAAAAUGACUAUGGAAUGAUGUAGGUUAUUCAAUUGAAAUGCAUUGCCUUGCACCGGAGGUCCAUCUAAUAUGUCAUCCAGUUAUCCCGUUUUGUUGUUAGGGUGGAUGUGAGGGAUGUGAGUGGCUUACAGGUUCUAUGCAGAGGUGGAGCUGGAAGGGGCCAGUGUUUACACUGUAAACAGAGAUAAAGGGAAUAGUCAGCCACCAUGAUUUUUUCUCUCUUCCCUUUCUCUAUCUUUCUCCCCUCUCUCUCUUUCUCUCUAAACCCUCUUUCUCUCAUUUUCUCUUUAUCUAAAUUCUCUCAUCUCUUUCCUCCCACUGCAGCGACAGACACAGAAAGGAAAUAUCACAUGACUAGUCCUGCCUUGUCCCCUCUCCCUCCCCAGAGUUAUUUCUGAUAGUCAGUCCUUCGUCACUGGUUAAUUACCUGAGCAGUGAGCACAUCUGAUCACAUAGUAGAAUCAGGUUAGACCAGAAAUACAGACCAGACACGUUGUAGCAAUAGCAGACGUGCUCCAUGGGUUGUUCCACUGGUAUAUGGGAAUUGGUCAAGCUGCACUGUGUUGUUCUAAGAGAAGUUGGUGCAUAAGACAAAUCUAUUGAGAGGAGACACCUGUACAAGAACAUGUUGUAUGCUAUGUAGUGUUAAAAUACACUGUAAUUAUGUUUAACUACUGGUAUUUGGGCCUGCACACAAUGGCACACAUUAUGCAGAGUGUCAGUCAUUAGUAAUAAUGAAGAAAGCCAUUAAAUCUACCUGCAAUUGAGAAUACUGAUAUCAAAACAUAGAACAAGCAUACAAAUGCAAUGUAUUUUCAUUUUCAGUGUUGAAAUAGGCAAAUACCACCCUGUCCCCUUAGGUUAAAUAGAGUGUGUUUCCUUGUGGUCUAAGAUAAGAGAGACAUGGUAUAUUGAGAUCAGACAGAUAUGUGUGUGUCUGUGUGAUAUUCUCAAGAUGUGAGAGAAAGAGGGUUCACUUGGUUUCUAUGACGACAUGUUUUGACUGCUCUAAGUUGGCCUUGAGGUGGGAGGUCAACUUGUUCUCACUUUGACACGUCAUGGUAAGCUACUCUUAAACAAGACCAAAACAGAGUAUUAUGAGUUCACAAAUGUCAGAAUGGACAUGGCAUUUUCUAAAUGUGUGUGAGGUCUGUUUAUGCACACGUGUGUGCGUGCAUUGUAUGUGCAUGCAUGUGACCUUUCAGCUGAUCUACAGUUAGUACUAGGGUAUUAGUGUAGGGUAUGCUGCUCCCAGAUCUGUGAUGAGGGACGAUUUCCAUCGCGAGCACAUCCUGCUUCAUGAUGUCUGGCCCGCCAUGGACUGGUCAGUGUUAUGAUAUAUUUUGGCAUGUUGUUGAGAACAACACUACUUCUUCCUGCUUCUCUCUUUGUGUACGCCCCAGCCCAGCCAGCCCAAAGAGAGGAAGGAACUACCACUAAACUGUCACGCUUGCAAAUCAAGCAAUGCAGAUAUUAAUUAAAGUCCUGAAAAUAAGGCUUAUCCAAAUGAUUGACUGGGACAAACAAACACGCAGAGAGGAGAGACAGAAGGUAUUUAUAGGAUGUUUAAAGCUUAGGAAAGGCUUCCGGCGUUGUGAUUUUUCACCAAUCUGGGACAAAUCUGUAAUAUUUACAGUGACCAGCACCAUGAAAAUAUCAUUCUCUACCAAAUGACAUCAUACUCUACCAAACUAGUUAUUUAGUGUAACAAGAGGUGACUACUCUUGUGUAAUGAGUAACCUUGCCAGAGACCUGAAUACUUGCAUUGGCUCCCCAAGCUAAUGCCUAGGGUUUAGCUUAACAGGCUACCACAAUCUUGGGGCAUGCAUAGUCAGAACAAUCGUUUAGGGAAAGCUAAAAGUGAACAUAUGACAUGUUUUAAGCCCUAAAAUGGACAUGCAUAUCAACCAACUUCCUUAAAGGACUUAUAUAAAAUUUCUAAAUGGAGAAGAGCAUUAUCAUGACAUGUCAUUUACACAUGUUCCACUGUCACGCUGGAUUGACAGAUGUACAGAUGUGUCACGAGCAGUGAUCUAUGUGGUGGCAUAAUAUGGAGCUAUAGGGGGUUGACUAUUAUAUCUACUGGUAGUGUGUGUGUGGCCACUUGGCAGCUGGGUAAUCUUUGAAGUUCAAUAUUAUCUGUUGACAAUGGGCGUGGGUCGUGGCCAUCGAGAGAUCUGCCGUGUUUGCUGAACACCACACUGAGGGUGUGCACAUUCUGUAGUGUUGGUGUGUCAAGUGGAACGACCUAAUGUACACAUUCCCAUGUACAGUUAUAUACUAGCAUUUGAUAGUGACAAGAUCAUGUGUACUGCAAUAUGUACAUGUUUACAAACAUGAAGAUGUAUAUGUACAGAACAUACCGUAUAUUUACAAGAAUAGUAAGGUAAUGCAAUACUUUUGUAAAGUAUGAGUAAUGUAGUAAACCGAUUUGUUUUGUUUUGUUUUGUUUUGUUCCCUUUAGGAGGGCUGCAGUGGAGCCUUGACCGAUCUUGAGGGAAAGGAAGGGGUGGGUGGCCACGGCCGACACUGCCACAGCCACCACGCUGCCACAAUGUCUUCCUUGGUGUGCAGCAUGGGGCUGGUGCUGGUAGAGUUUGAGUACGAGUACAUGGGCCGAGACGGGGGCCUGGUGUCCAUCAAGCCCAACGAACGGUACAUCCUGCUGGCCAAGACCAACGACCACUGGUGGCACGUGCGCAAGAACGAGCAUGCAAGGCCCUUCUAUAUACCUGCUAAAUACGUCAAGGAGCUCCCCGCAGAGUUCCCAUCCCCGCUGGACUUUGCUGACCCGCCCAGUACCGAUUUGGUCCCAGUUCCGGUUCCUGUGCCAGUGCCAGUGCCAGUCCCAAAGCACUCCGUACCAGACCGGGCAGAAACGAGGGCGGGAGAUGAGGUGACUAUCCGCCUCCGCUCCCCAAAGAGACAUAAGAAGACUGAGCACCGCAUGUCCACAUUCGGCGUACCCUUAGAAUUCCACGACCCGCCCCCCGUGGCUUUCAAGCGCGGCGGGCUUAACGACUCGCUGCUGGGCCUUCACUCCUAUGUUGCCCCUGAGGUUCCCUUAACAGCCAACGAUAGUGCCAAACACAAGAAGCAAUUAAGCCUGGCUUCCGGUGUGCUCUUCGGCUCCUCCCAAACCCUGUCGGUGGAGGAGCCUCUCUCCCUGAACCCCCGAGUCCCCAGCUUCAGCCCAGCUGACCCCCUCCACCGGCCCUCCCAGCCCAUCCCAGUAGAGACACCCAUCAUUCCUGAUGCCGAGGUCACCGGUGGCGGGAUUCCCCACCAGGAACCUCUGAAAGAGCCGGAAUCUCCUCUGGAGCUGGAGGAGGAGGGAGAAGAGGAGAAAUCUAGUGUGGAGCCUGAGGACGAAUCGAAGGAGAAUAUUUAUGAAUCCAUUUUGGACCUGAAGCUGGAUGAGUCCCCUAUAAUAUUGGAGACGGCCCCGACUGUGAGUCCUGCUGCUGUGGCUGUGGCUGAACCUACACCUGUUAUCGCUCCCACUUCUCCAUCUCCAACACAGACACAGGUAAAAUUAUUAUCUGUAAAAGUAGUUGUAAGUAGUGAACCUGCAGUGCGGUUUGCCUUUUUGAUCGCAUUGGGGCCACAGUCUUUCCUUCACACUAUGUAUGUGCCUAUGAAAUGAUGACUGUUGAUUAAAGGUGAGGCCCUUCAUUACGUGGGGCUUUUAUGGGGCCUUUUACAGUUCAUAGAGUACUAG